AUGGAGCUUCGUGGCAAGGAUAGCAGCUCGGAAAUCCACGUAUCGGAUGUUCUCUGUUGGGCAGUUUCCGAGACUUGGAUUGAAAUCAGACGCAGCAUACCUUUGUGGGCGGUCCAAGGUAGGCGCUUUGAGCGUCAACACAAGAUAUGGUGCGAUGUUCACAACAGAAAGUCCGGAGCCUUGAUCUCGUCCCAUGCCAAAGAAUUUCUAGAACCCGAAUGCCAGAGCCUCGAGCAACGAUAUAGCCCUGGAGCUGGGGAUAGCAUGACCAUCUGUGAAACAUCGGAUGUGAACGAGAAUUUGGAGAUGAUUGAAAAAAGGUGCCGGGAAUUCGAUAACCCCAACCUGGCAUCCGCAACGCUUCAGUAA